CCCCCCCCCCUCUUCUUUUGUGCUGUCUCUGGCCGGCCGGAAUACAAAAAUCAACGCUUCGCUUGUGUGUGUCGGAUCGCCGGAUGAGGCACAGGAUGUUGUGUGCCUGAGAAGGCAGACCGUGCCACCUAGGCUCUGUGCCUAGUUGACACUUAGAGAAUUGACUGGAGCCGUGCUGGAUGGAGGCCAAGACACUGGAUGGCGAAGACGAGGAAUCACACAGUCUCGUGGAUCACUUGUGAUGUUUGUUGUCUUUCUGUCACGCGUUGAACGAUGGCAAAAAGAAUCCGGAUAGACAGUCAAGGCUAAAGAAACACUGCAUGCAAAAAUUGCUUUCUUGUUUUGAGAUAUUGUGGGCCUUCAGUCGACACUAAGCUCUUAUUUCUUCUUCUUCUUGUAUAGGGAUACAUACUGUAUGCAUUAGCUGGUAGACACUAACCAUCAUGGCCAAGUGUCACAACAAAGCCUCCUGGUUAUUGUUUUUAGUUCAUUUGGUGCUAACAGGUAGAGCAUUGGAAUAUGAAGGCAUUCCGGGUCAGUGGACACGCUACGGACAAUGGGACGCCAAGACGACUGCAGAACUCAGCUUCAUCCUGAAGACGAACAUCAGCAAAGCGCUGGUGCUCUACCUCGACGAUGGUGGCGACUGUGACUUCCUGGAGCUCCUCAUAGCUGACGGGAGACUCCAGUUGCGCUUCGCCAUCCACUGUGCUGAGCCAGCCUCCCUGCACACGGAGACGCGUAUCGACGACCUGCGCUGGCACCGAGUUCUCCUGUCGCGGAACUACCGAGAGACCAAGCUGCUGGUGGACAACGAAGAGAAGGCGGCCGAGGUCAAGUCCAAGAGGAAAGAGAUGGUCGUGGCCAGUGACCUCUACGUAGGCGGCAUCUCGCCCGACGUGCGCCUCUCCGCCCUGACGUCCAGCACCGUCAAGUACGAGCCGCCGUUCGAGGGCCUUAUCGCCAAUCUGAAAGUGGGGGAAGCUCUGCCCGUGCUCUUGGACGGUCAAUCCGUCCACAGCGACAUGGACUACAUCUGUGAUGCGCACUCGCCCUGCUAUAAUGGAGGCCUGUGCUCCGUCAGCCAGGGGGAGGUCCUGUGCGACUGCAUCAACACCAGUUUCGUGGGAAGCUACUGCCACGAAGCAGGUGUCCAGAAAGAAGUAGAAGGUCUGGCGCACCUGAUGUUAAACCGCCAAGUCUUAAGCCAAGGGCAGGGGGAGUCGAUGGCCACCUUUAAAGGCAACGAGUACUUCAGCUACAACCUGUCUCAGACGCCCAUUCAGAGCAGCUUGGAUGAGAUCACUCUGUCAUUCCGCACACUGCAAAGGAACGGCCUACUGCUUCAUACGGGGAAGUCCGGAGAUUAUGUCAACCUCUCUCUGAGGGACGGAGCUCUGUGGCUGGUCAUUAACUUGGGCUCUGGUGCCUUCGAGGCCCUCGUGGAACCAGCCAACGGAAAGUUCAAUGAUGACAUCUGGCAUGAUGUGCGAGUGACACGCAACCUGCGCCAGGUGACAAUCUUGGUGGACGGGAUACUGACUACCACAGGCUACACUCAAGAAGACUACACCAUGCUGGGCUCUGACGACCUGUUCUACAUCGGAGGCAGCGUGGACACCGCUGACCUGCCAGGCUCACCAGUCAGCAACAACUUCAUGGGCUGUCUCAAAGACGUGGUCUACAAGAAUAAUGAAUUCCGACUGGAGCUGUCACGGCUGGCUGAACAGCGGGACCCAAAAAUAAGUAUCCAUGGCGACUUGAUGUUCAGCUGCGAGAGCGUGGAGGCCCUGGAGCCGGUCACCUUUGACACGCCGUCUGCCUACCUGACACUGCCCAGGUGGAACACAAAGAAGACAGGCACCAUAUCGCUGGACUUUCGCACCACGGAGCCCAGCGGUCUGCUGCUGUUCAGCCACGGCAGCCUGCUGGGAGCGCUGCCUGGGAGCAAGCCUCGUGCCGACUUCUUUGCCAUAGAGCUGCUGGAUGGUUUCCUCUACCUUGUCAUGGAUAUGGGCUCUGGCAGCAUCAAAAUGAAAGCCAGCAACAAGAGGCUUGAUGACGGCCAGUGGUGCCAUGUGGACUUUCAGAGGAAAGGCCGCAAUGGCUUUAUUUCGGUGAACAGCAAGAGCAUCCCGUUUUCUGCCAACGAGGGCAGCGAGAUCCUUGACCUGAACGGGGACAUAUAUCUGGGGGGUCUUCCCGACGACCGCCAAGGUCUGAUGCUCCCUCCAGAGGUGUGGACCGCCUCCCUGGGCCUCGGAUAUGUGGGCUGCGUCCGGGACCUCUUUAUUGACGGCCAGAGCCGCAACCUGUGGAGACUGAGCGAGGUUCAGGGCGCCGCGGGCGUCAGCAGCCUGUGCACCAGGGAGACUCAUGUCAGGUGUGGCCGAGACACGUGUGCCAAUGGCGGGCACUGCAAGGAGGGGUGGAACCGACACAUUUGCGACUGUAAUGGCACGGGCUACCUGGGGCCCAACUGUGAGAAAGAUGCCACAGUGGUGAGCUACGACAGCAGCAUGUACCUGAAGGUGAUGCUUCAGAGGACGCUGCACACGGAGGCUGAGGACGUGUCCCUGCGUUUCAUGUCCCAGAGGGCCUUUGGGCUGCUGGUGGCGACCACGUCUCAGCAGUCAGCGGACACCCUGCGCGUGGAGCUGGACGCGGGCCGAGUCAAGCUGACGGUCAACUUGGAUUGUAUCAGGAUAGACUGUAAUCUCAGCAAAGGACCUGAGGUACUCCUGCUGGGCGAUAAGCUGAAUGACAAUGAGUGGCACGCGGUGAAGGUGGCACGUCGAGGGAAACAUUUGCAGCUCUCUGUGGACAAUGUCACCACCGAAGGCUUCAUGAGCGGCGCUCACACCCGCUUGGAGUUCAACAAUAUCGAGACGGGCAUCAUGACCGAGCGCCGGUUCACCUCUGUGAUCCCUUCCAACUUCAUCGGCCACCUGCAGGCCCUCUCCUUUAACGGGAUGCUGUAUCUGGACCAGUGCAAGAACGGGGACAUCUCCUACUGCGAGCUAAAUGCACGCUUCGGCAUGCGGCACAUCGUGGCCAAUCCUGUGACCUUCCUGACCCCAGCCAGCUACUUAGCUUUCUCCACCUUGCAAGCCUACGCAUCUAUGCACCUGUUCUUCCAGUUUAAGACCACCAGUCCUGACGGUCUCAUACUGUACAACUCUGGAGACGGGAGUGACUUCAUUGUGGUGGAGCUGGUCAAAGGGUUCAUACAUUACGUCUUUGACUUGGGAAAUGGACCAUCACUGAUGAAGGGAAACUCCGACAAGCCCCUCAAUGACAACCAGUGGCACAACGUGAUCAUCUCCCGUGACAACACCAACGUGCACACGCUUAAGAUUGAUGUCCGCACGGUCACCCAACACACCAACGGAGCUCGCAACCUGGAUUUGAAGGGGGAGCUGUACAUUGGCGGUGUCGGGAAGAGCAUGUACAGCAGCCUGCCUCGACUGAUAGCAUCCCGUGAAGGUUACAAGGGUUGCCUGGCAUCUGUGGACUUGAACGGAAGACUCCCUGAUCUGCUGGCAGACGCCCUUCAGAAGGUGGGCGAGGUGGAUCACGGCUGCGGAGGUCCCAGCACCACCUGCACAGAGGACUCCUGCCACCACCAGGGAGUGUGUCUGCAGCUGUGGGAGGGCUUCUCCUGUGACUGCACCAUGACAACCUACGGGGGGCCAUUCUGUAGUGACCCUGGAACCACAUACAUCUUCGGGAAAGGAGGCGCGCUCAUCACAUUCACCUGGGCCCCCAAUGAGCGGCCGAGCACCCGGGCCGACCGGCUCGCCGUGGGCUUCAGCACCCUGCAAAAGGACGCCAUUUUGGUGCGCGUGGAGAGCACCCACGGGCUCGGAGACUAUCUUCAGCUGCACAUAGAUCAAGGCAAAAUCGGUGUCAUCUUCAACGUGGGGACUGAUGACAUCACCAUUGACGAGCCUGCUGUCAUGGUAAAUGACGGCAAGUACCAUGUUGUACGCUUCACACGCAGCGGUGGCAAUGCCACUCUCCAGGUGGACAACUAUCCGGUCAUUGAGCGCUACCCUCCAGGACACUAUGAUAAUGAGCGACUGGCUAUUGCUAGGCAAAGAAUCCCGUACAGACUCGGUCGGGUAGUUGACGAGUGGCUACUCGAUAAAGGGAGACAGCUGACAAUCUUUAACAGCCAAGCCGCCAUUAAAAUCGGCGGCCAGGACAAGGGUCGACCCUUCCAGGGUCAGAUCUCUGGCCUUUACUACAACGGGCUGCAGGUGCUCAAACUGGCGGCGGAGAACGACCCCAGCGUGCAGGUGGAGGGCAACCUCCGUCUGGUGGGCGACGCGCUGUCCGUGCUGACCACCGACACCACGUCCGCCACCCCGGUGGCUGUGUCCGACAUGUCCACCACCAUCAUGGAGACCACCACCACGAUGGCAACCACCACCACCCGCAGGCAGCGGUCACCCAGCUUAAGGGACAGCAUCUCUAAGCCGCAGAACUCGGAUGAUAUUCUGGUGGCGUCAGCCGAGUGUCCAAGUGAUGAUGAAGACCUUGAAGAGUGUGAACCGGGAACAGGAGGUGAAUUAGUGUUGCCUAUUAUAACAGUGGAUUCCCUUGAGCCCCCAUCCAUCGCCACCCGUUACCCUGUCAUCCCUCCUCCCCCUACCCUCCUGUCCCCUCUCGAAACCACCAAAGAGUCUGUGAUAGUCCCCCCUCACCCUUCCUGCCCCCCAGACCAGGAGGACUGUGGUGACACCGUGGAGGUCUCGGCCUUCGGCUCCGGGGAGAUGACAGAAUCCGAUGAUGAGGACUUUUACAAUAAUAACAACUCCCCGUUGGUCACUGACAGGACAGUCCUUCCGCCACCUCCUGCCGCCGGUGAAGGCGGAGUCCAGAAACCCCGCCCCUUACCCCCUUAUGUUCCCACCACCAACCCCGACCAGCUCCACAUCCCCGCAGGCAAAAUGAACACCCGAGACCAGGUGCUUCUGCCCCCUGCUCCCCCAUCCUCCCGAAACACACCGGGACUAACUUACCCCCCCAAUUUUCCCCAUGUGCCCACAGCCGACCCCACAGCCUCCGACGAAAAGAUCCAACCGGGCGCCGUGGAGGUGAUCAGGGAGUCCAGUAGCACCACGGGGAUGGUGGUUGGUAUCGUGGCUGCUGCUGCUCUCUGCAUUCUAAUCCUCCUCUAUGCCAUGUACAAGUACCGAAACCGGGAUGAGGGCUCCUACCAGACAGACCAGGGCCACAAUUUUGCCAACAGUUUUACGGUGGAAGGCAACGGAGCGGUGGUCAAAGACAAAAGCACAGCGACGGCCUCCGUGGCCAAGGCAAUCACAAAGGGCAAAAAGAACAAGGAUAAAGAAUAUUACGUAUGAGUAGGCGGGCAAGGACUGAGAGGAUGUGAGGGUGCUCCACUUUCAAAUCACCAGUAUUUCUUUUUUUUAUUCUGGUUGGAUGUCAGACAUUUCACCGGUAUCUAAAGGCAACUGUCAAAUGCAGACUUCAGUUAACACGAACAUUUCCGUCACAGUUGCACAGCGACCUUAAUGCUGUCAUCCAUCAACCACUACUUGUAAGUGUAUCAUUUUUAUGUUAACAACCUAGGAAGAGUCAUAUCCAGUGUUGCUUUGUAUGUAGCACGGAUAUGAUGCAGUGAUAGGAACCGGGGUUGAGUUUCCUUAAUGGUUUUUUUUCUUUGUAAUCUCUGUCUCAAGUGUCAAUGCCCUCCAUUAUGAUGGAAUGGCGAUAGAGAGUGAACACAAAUCGGUUAAAAUAGCAGGUUUUUCAGAUGUGAAAAAAAAGACUGAUACAACAAGUUUGCAAGUUUAAAAUAUUAAUGGAAACUAUAGCCUGUGCAAUGUAACUGAAAAUCAAACAAACGGGCCCCACAUUUGUGUGGGACAUACAGUAUGAAAGUUAGGAGGACUCAAUUUGAGGAUAGAGUUUGAAGGAAAUCGGAGCGGUAGCAGUAGGGGUUAUUUCAUCUAUACAUUUGUACCAGCAGGUAUGCCGUUUGGUCUGGCUUGGAUCUUGUGGAAUCAUCAAACUCAGCUGCCCUGUUCCGGCAACAACCAAUGACAAAAACUCGAACUUUUCACAAUUUAGCAUCACCAAUCUGUUUAAUAUAAGUGGUUCAAAUUUGGUAGAAAUCAGACACAAGCUGUAGGACAAGUUUGUUUUGGUAAAGUCCCUGAAUAUAAAAAACAUGCUUCAAACCAAAAUGGAACACUAUCUGUGUCUUUUCAGGCAUGUGCUUUUGAAACAUCCAUCCAUCCAUUUUCUGAGCCGCUUCUCCUCACUAGGGUCGCGGGCGUGCUGGAGCCUAUCCCAGCUGUCAUCGGGCAGGAGGCGGGGUACACCCUGAACUGGUUGCCAGCCAAUCGCAGGGCACAUCGAAACAACCAACCAUUCGCACUCACAGUCAUGCCUACGGGCAAUUUAGAGUCUCCAAUUAAGCUUUUGAAACAUUUUUUUUUAAAUUAUUAUUUACUCCAGUAGACUACCUAAUGUCAGCAUUCAGAGAAACUGUUUUUGGGAGAUGAAUUUUCAAAAUAAAAAUCAAGGAGGCACUAUUAAGCAAAUUUUGGGGGCAUCUCCUGCAACCCAUACCAAAUUCGAAUGUUACCAGGGUGACAACACCAACAAUAAUUGACGCCCCACCUAAAAGAGAUUUGUAAUUGCAAUAGGUGCCACAAGGUGAAGGCAGAUCACUUAAAAUGGAAGGGUCAUAAAGCACCAACACCAUCCAUCCAGCAUGUAGACAAUCAUGAACCUAUGUAUGUUACAUUAAGGACUGUAUUCAGUAGUUGAAUUAUUCAACACAGACAAAUCACCUUCAACUGCAACAAAACUGCAACAAAGUGCUGUUCAUAAAUACAAUUCAUACAUAAGACAAUUUAAUGUAACAUAAUUAAGAAAGCUAGCAUACUAGUCGAAAUAAGACGCUCGCACAAAGUGACGUGAUAUCACACAUAAGCAAACAAAUCCAGUAUGCACACGAGCACUUGACAUGUAGUAUUAAGUCAUCAUGCUUACCUUUUAACAUUUACUCAAAAUCAUAAAUGUUAAAGAAUAGAGGAAAAUUGUAAGGGCAAAGUAGACUACAUGGUUUAUUAGUAGCUGCAUUAGGAGAAAAGCGGAAACAUACUUUCAGUUUCACUUUUGACAGUGCACGAGGUGCAUUCAAGGAUCGCCAACAAAACAGAACAUCUCAAACGCAAACAAAAAUACACCCAUCAAUGAAUUUAACGUAACAACACCAAGAUUUCACCAGAUGGCAACAAAAUAAUCCUUUUGUCCUGAGCACAAAAACAGCAAGUAGAUGAGAUUUUCAGCAAAGAGGAUAGGUUCAAAAAAUAAUCUGCAAACCUUAACGGUGACUAUUCAGGUGUUGGAAAUUCUUAAAAUAUAUAUAUUAUUUGGCCUAAGAAUAAUAAUGACAAAGCAAUUUCACAAUGUCCUUGGCACCAUCUGGGCCUUAAGAAGAAGACUGAAUUAAUAUGUACGCCUUCAAAUAAUUGUUCAAGCACCUUUUCUUUAAUUAAAGCCUUCAGUCUUUUUUGGAAAAUGCCAAUGGGUCAGUCAAAAACUUUAAUCCCCCUCUGAUGAAGCUAUUUUUUUGUUGACUUAGAUUUAUCCUUGGGUUCAUUGUCAUUGUGAAAGGUCAAAUUCCUCUUCGGUUUCAGCUUUGGAACAGGACAAACCAGCACACAAGGCUCUCACCCUUGUCGAAAUCACCAGGUGAAGAAAAGCAACCAAAAAUGCACUAAAUCAAAAUGUGCUUCAAGAUACUAUUAAUUUCAGGGUGCACACACUUAUACAACCAGCUUUUAUUUUUCCCUAACAGAUUUGUUAUUGCCAAAGAAAAGGCAAGUUAUAUUACUUUGUCUGUUUUUUGUGUGCAUCACUUGCUUAUCACUCUCACUCACUCAAUCACAGAUAUGCACCAAAUCAUUUGCUAUUCACCACAUAGGUUAUUGUAUUCUAGAGCUUUGUCAAAGCAUUGAAGUAAGAGAUGUCAAACACAAAGAAACCUUCCCUCAUUUUGUCCAACCAUUUUUAAACUUGGUGGACAAGUAGGUAACAUCUCUUUUUUUGGGUAAGUUUAUGGUGGUGAUAGACCACGACCUUAAGGGGAUAGCCUACAUACAUACCAAUUAUUACAAUGAGUUUGAGAAUUCCCCCCCUUCCAACCACAGUCAUCAAAUACACAAUUGUUGGAUGUCUCUAAAAUAUUAUCUUGAGCGAAUACUCUUUGGUGUGGGACCUGCGAAGAGUGAUUUUUUUCCCCUCCUCAAUCUGCUCAGAAAACAGACGGGCUGACAAUUCUCAGUGUCAAACGUUCAAUAUUUCAGAUCGUUUAUCCUCAUGUGCGUGGUCAAAGUUGAGGUCGGCCGAGACAUGUACUCCGUGAUUGUGAUGUGAAAUGGACCGAUAACCAAUUUAGCUACCCAAAAAAAAAAAAAAGCUAACAGUUAGCCAGCUAGCUUCUAUUUCUAAAAUAAGCUAACAGUUAACCGAGCUUCUUCUAUUUCUUCUAAUACUACUACUCUUUCUUUGUAUUUUUCAUAACCAUGGAUGCAUUGUGGCACCAGCGCUGUCUCUCACAGGUCAGUCUUGUUACUACAACAGACAUCUGGUUUGUGGGUGGAAACUCACAAAGUCAACGGAAAUUGUUAUGAGCGCGGUGUACUGUGUUGGUCACUUAUUACAACAGCAGUAAGCCCACACUUGCCAUUUACAUUAAAAACAUCGGUUAAAAUGUUAACCAUCGGUAUAAGUGUACCCUACUUUAUCUGUAACAAUGCCAAGAUGAGAUCUAAUCAAAACAAACCACAUUUAGACAUGGACUGAAAGCCCUCUGUGCCUUUUUUCCAGAUCUGUAAUUAUUUUGUCAAUGUUCCCUCAGAUGAUUGUGUAAAAAUCUUUUUUUCCCCAAAAAUGUCUCCAAACAAAGUAAACAAACUUGACUUGACUCACGGCAUAACAAGUGGCAUGGAGGAGCACUUUGGCAAGAGUCAAGUGACCUUUUCCAGUUACAUUGUACAGGUUAAAAUAUUUUUCAUAAAGAAAAAAUUCUAUUGUAACAAAGGUGUGUUCACUUUCUACAGCCACUGUCUAUGAAACAGAACAGACACAGUUGUUGAGUUUUUGUGGCACACGAGCAAAAAGAAGGAAGCCUUUUAUUUCUGUAAGACAUCAUCUCCUCAGCCGUGUUGCAUAAUGAGGGUUUGAAGUGUCUCCCCCCCCCCCCCCCCC